CAGCCUCAAACAAGAGCACGAGGAACAUCAUAAGCGAAGUUGUUUUGGUGUGAGGGGUCCUAUGCUCUCAGACAGCACGCCGUUGUGUUGUGUUGUGCACAUGGGACCGAACUGCCAGAGACAGACGACAUGCAUCGCUAUAGUAGGCAGACAAUUAAACUUCUGCAGAUCCAGAUGUAGACGGCUAGUUUUGAGACGAACGAAUUGUGGAUAACGAUCGUGGAGAGCACACGCCAACCGCAAUAUCAAUCUGACGGGUCAUGUUCGUGGGUGGCACGAGCUUUCCGUGAGCUACUGACGAAAAGGCUCCACAGAAAUGCCCGUCCUUCUAACCGGCAAAUCUUGGUCGGACAGCGGAGAACAGAAGGAUGUCAGGCCAACCUCAUGUCUGGUUCGGCACCGGUCGUCAAGCUCAGCUUCAUGCCCGUCCUUUGGAGCUGUGCGUAUCAUGCUCAGAACGACAGUUGACUGCAAGAGUGGUACAAAGAAGAAAACUGCCUCAUCGUUCCUGAUUGGAAUCCAUGUACGUGUUGCCGUCGUCUUUGAUGUAAGCCUGAUGCUGUAAUGAUUCUCAGCAACGAAAUUUGUCUUGUCAAGACGUGCUACGUCGAUUAGCAUGAACUGAUUUUCCGAGUGAGAGUGCAGGGCCUCACUCUGCCCACCGAAAUCCCUAGGGUCGGUCGGAUCCAGUAUGUACCUCGGGGAUUCCGAUCCGAUCUGAUCUGCCUGAUGCCAUGUGCCCACCCAGCUACUACAUUCUCGUUGCUCUUCUUACGAGAGAAGUUCAUUAAAAGUAUGUAGCCGGUCCCAGAACGAGGACGCAGAGCCAUGUGGUGAGUCUGUUCAUUCCGUCCCAUCCCAUCCCAUCCCACUGCUCGUCCAUUUCUAGUCACAUCUCGUCGUCUCACCUCAUCAAAUAGGAAAGCUGUUCGCUCUUCUGAUUGAGCGAGGCCUGCUGAUCGACCUCGUCCUAGUACGAAGGGUUGCUGCGCUCACGCACUCACUAGCUGUCCGCUCGGGGACAACGCAAUGAGACCAUAGCCUAACGGCAAUUCGUCCAGUGUCGUCUCAGCAGCUGAUGCGACGACAGACCACUGUCAUAUGUCCGGCGCAGCAGAGAUUUCCUCAGGACAUAUCGUACACGAGAAUCACAUUCUGCUGUGAUCAGUUAUAAAAAACAAAGUUUACCUGUCC